UUAAAAAAAAAAAACUGGAUUAGGUCUUUAACAGGUUUCAGUGAACAAAAACAAUCAAAACAGAACAGGAAAAAAAUGGACAUUACAUUUUAAUGUAUUGUGUUUUCUAAGCAUGUUUUCUAUUCAACUUAAUGUGGAAAAUAAGUUAUGAAAAUUUGAACUAUUAAAUUCUUCCUGCUUAUUGACAUGCUGCAUUUUAUAAAAAAUUAAAUUAAAAACUGGCAACGUUGCUACCCGAUCUGUAUCGACUACCCGAUCAGUCUGCACACGCGCAAAUAUUAUGUCAUAACAAACCACCAUUAAUACACGUGACCAUCACUGAAUUUCAACAGAGAGUUAAUGUUGAGGAGCCUUUUCUACUCUCUUCCAUAAAUACUCUUGUGAGGAAAAUAUAUCUGUCCUGUUAUCCCAGGAAAAAUGUUAAAUCUAUAAGAACAUUAAUUCAAAUGAACAUUGUUUCACUACCUCAGAGUGUGUCUUACCGGAAUAUGUUUGUGAAAGAUGUUGCGUGGAAUGAGGUUUGGCAACCUCCUAUCUUGAUUAUCAAUAAAGUAAAAUACAUUUAUUUUGAGACUAUCCACAGAAUUUACCCAACUGAAAUUUUCAUUCAAAAUAGAUUUAGAUUAAACAUUGAUACACUUUGUAGUUUUUGUUGCAAUUCACCUGAAACAGUCAUCCAUCUUUUCUGGUAUUGUCCUCAGGUUAAAGUGUUUUGGUGAAAGAUUUGUGAUUUAAUUCAUGACAAAAUUGAUGCUUGUUUUGUUUUAUCCGUAAAAAUGUCUUGUUGGGUCUUAUAUCAAAGAAAAUACAAAAGGACUCUGGUUUGCUUUUAAACCUCUGGCUCAUUUUGGCCAAAUUUCAUAUCCACAAAUGUAAAUUCUCUGGUCGAGGGCCUUGUUUCAUUGUAUUCUUUUCUGAGUUCUGUUUGUACUUGUAAUUCUGGAGAGCAAAACGCAAUCAAAACUCUGUCUGUAUGUGAAAGAUUCCAUAUUUUGUCAUAAAGUAUAACCCCCUGGCAUAUUUUUAUUUCUAUUCUUGUUCAUAUAUGUGUGUUUGAUAUUUGCAAUUGUUCUCUUAUUGCAUGCCUGAAUGUGAAUCUCUGUUAAAUGGCAGAAGGUGCAAUAAAGUUUAUUUUAAAGAAAAAGUGACCGUCGCGCUUCUGUGAUGUCAUCACAUGCGCCGGUUUGUUUUUAAAAGAAAGCCGCGCGGGGAGAUUAAGCUAAUCAAUUUUAUUCUUUUAUCAACUCACCGAUGCCUUGUAAGGUAUUCACGAUGUGAUUACUGUACUUUAAAACGAAGCCAUGCCGAAAGUGAAGAAGUCCAGCUCUGUUCAGACCUCCAUUAGCAGAUACUUUGGAGGGGAAAGCAACACAAGCCUUCAAUUUUCUGGAGGAAAGCUGAAAAUUUCCUCUGUUGAUGAACUGCCGGCAAAACGAGCAAAGCUUUCUGAGCAGGAACUGGACAGUGAACCUCCAUCAUCAUGUUCUCAGAAAGAACCAAAUGUCACUUCAAAUAGACGUGGAGGCAGCUUGUGUUCAUCCACUUUAGAAAAGCUAAAGGGUUUCACCUCUGCGGCCAAACCCAGCGACAACACUGACACACAAGAAGACAUAGGGGUAAAUACUCCCGGCAGCAGCAAGGACAUCUGUCAAAGACGAGGAGGUAUACCUCCACGAGAAGCCCCUGAUCAACACAAGUUCAUAGGACUGCAAAAGCUAGAGGGGUGUGAGGAUGAAGAAAGAAAGGAAGAUGCAGCUGAACAGAGAUCUUGUCUUUCUCAGUUUGCAAAGGCAGCAGGAGGAAAAGGAGAAAAGGGUGCAGAGUUGGGUCCCCUCUCAGGCCCCUGUGCCCCCUCAAAAGGCUCAAAGAGUACCAGUACUUACACUCCAAUGGAGCAGCAGGUCAUCCAGCUCAAACAGCAGCAGAAAGACGCCUUGUUGGCUGUGGAGUGUGGUUACAAGUAUAGGUUUUUUGGAGAUGAUGCUGAGAUUGCAGCAAAGGAGCUGAAUAUUACCUGUCACCUGGAUCAUAACUUCAUGACCUGCAGCAUCCCUUCACACCGACUCUUCGUUCACGUCAGACGGCUGGUGUCUCAUGGACACAAGGUCGGAGUGGUUAAACAGACAGAGACGGCUGCAAUUAAGGCCUCAGGGGCAAAUAGAAAUGCCCUGUUUACCCGUCAACUCAGUGCUUUGUACACAAAGUCCACUCUGGUCGGAGAGGAUGUGAACCAGAUCUGCAGUCUGGAGGAUGUGGAUGAGGGAAGCCAUGGUGAUGUCAUGGUGGACCCCCCUGACAGCUUUCUGCUGUGCAUCAGUGAGAACUGGGACAAGCUGAGGAAGCAGCUGACUGUGGGCUUGGUGGCGGUGCAGCCCAGCACGGGAGACGUCUUUCUGGAUUGUUUUCCUGAUGGCUCGUCUCGCUCUGAAUUGGAGAGUCGCAUCCUAAAGAUCAACCCUGUGGAGAUUCUGGUGCCCUCAGACCUCUCAGAAGAGACUUGCCGGCUGCUGCUCAGUGUCACUAAUGGCAGUUUCCAAGCUGACGACCGAGCCAGAGUUGAAAGGAGGGACAGCGCCCAGUUUGAGUACACCUCUGCAAUAAACACCGUCACCCAAUUCUACUGCCGAUCCCAGCAGGAAGACUCACGCUCUCUGUGGAGGGUGGCGUCCUUCGAGAGCCCGGUGAUCUGCUGCCUGGGGCCGCUCAUCCAGUACCUCCAAGAAUUCAACUUGGAAAGAGUUCUUAGAAGCGAAAGUUCCUUUCAGCGGCUGUCCUGUGAGUCAGAGGCGAUGAUCCUCAACGCUGCCACUCUCAGGAACCUGGAAAUACUAAACAAUCAGACAGACAGAGGUGUGAGGGGAAGCUUGUUUUGGGUGUUGGACCACAGCCGCACUCCUUUUGGGAGACGACUAAUGAGAAAAUGGGUGAGCCAGCCGCUCACAGACCUGCAGCGUAUCUCUGAAAGGCAGGAUGCUGUGCAGGAAAUCAUGGAGUCAGACUCGCCCAUUCUAGACUCUGUGAAAUCUUUGCUGCCACGUCUGCCUGACCUGGAAAGAGGCAUCUGCAGCAUUUACCACAAAAAGUCUUCCACUCAGGAGUUUUACCUCAUCAGUAGCCAUCUUUCCCGCUUGGGUUUGCAACUGCAGUCUUGGAUUCCAGCUAUUCGGUCUCAAACCCGUUCUGUGCUGCUUCGGAGUGUUUUGUUGGACACCCCUGAUCUGCUGGCUCCAGCCCACACCUUCCUCAAUGUUCUCAAUGAAAAAGCAGCAAGGUCGGGGAAUAAGACGGAGCUGUUCUCAGAUCUGUCGGGAUUCCCGGUGCUUCAGGAAAGAACAAAACAGAUCCACUUUGUCCUAAGUGAGAUCCAGGAGCACCUCAAGGACAUCCGGAUGGUCCUGAAAGCCCCCACACUUAACUACAUUACAGUCUCUGGACAGGAGUUUCUGAUUGAAGUGAAGAACUCGUUGUCAUCCACUGUUCCAUCCGAUUGGGUUAAAAUCAGCAGCACAAAGGCGGUUGGCAGGUAUCACUCUCCACUUCUCGUAGAGCGCUACAAGAAACUGCAGCAGCUCAGGGAGCAGCUGCUGCUGGACUGCCAGAGGGAGUGGACUGAUUUUCUGGAUCAAUUUGGGGAGCAUUACCACACCAUGAAAAGGGCUAUUAGUCACCUAGCAACCAUAGACUGUCUCUUUUCGUUGGCUGAGGUCGCUCAACAAGGAGGCUAUUGCAGACCAAAAGUGUGUGAGGAUCAGCCACAGAUAAUGAUCAGGGAUGGCAGACAUCCAGCCAUAGACCUACUGAUGGGAGAGCAAAACCAGUUUGUUCCUAACCACACUGACCUGCAGGGGGAUGGCAAGAGAACUAUGAUAAUCACCGGUCCUAACAUGGGGGGCAAGAGCUCCUAUAUCCGACAGGUCGCACUGAUCUGCAUCAUGGCUCAGAUAGGCUCCUUUGUUCCGGCCUCUGAGGCCUGUUUGGGAUUACUUGAUGGUAUUUACACCAGGAUGGGAGCUUCAGAUAACAUCUACAAAGGGCGCAGCACAUUCAUGGAGGAGCUCACAGAAGCUUCAGAGAUCAUUUCCCGAGCGACAGAGCGCUCUUUGGUCAUCCUGGAUGAACUGGGACGAGGGACAAGCACUCAUGAUGGCAUCGCCAUCGCUUAUGCCACUCUGGAGUACUUCAUCAGACACGUGAAAUCCUUUACUCUCUUUGUGACCCAUUAUCCUCCUCUGUGUGAGCUGGAGCGCAUGUAUCCUGAUCAUGUGUCCAACUUCCACAUGGCGUUCUUACUCAACGAGACGCACAUCUCUUCUGAUACCAAAGAUGGAGACGUUCAGCCAGAGUUCAUCACCUUCCUCUACAACUUAACAGAAGGAGCUGCAGGGCAAAGCUACGGCCUGAACGUGGCCAAGCUCGCUGACGUUCCGGAUCCCAUUCUGUGCACGGCUGCUCGCAAAGCCCAAGAACUGGAGAGCGCCGUCGAGGCCAGAAGGAGAUCUAAAAAACGUCUCACUGAAAUGUGGAGCAUCGCUGACAAACCAUCCCUCCUCCAAUGGCUGCAGUCAAACUCUUGACCUCACUGUCACUGUAAUCGAAUCAUGUCUGUAGAGAGAAAUAAUGCUUUCGGUGAGUGAGCGUGCUCAGAAAACAAUGUUCAUAUCAAGGGAAUUGUGGACUGUUUUGUUUAACCUAAUUAUUUCAGGUUGUGAUAGUCAAGUCAUUAAAUCGGGGAAAGCAGCAGAUUAUGACAACCUACAAAGCUGUUGAUGAUGUUUAACCAUUAAAGAAAAGUGUCAAACUUGUCCGAUUCA